AUGUUCCUUCGGCGGCUCUGGACGCUCCGACGCAGGUAUUGCUCCGGACCGUUAUUGCUCCUAGGGGUCGCGGUGUGUCUUUUCUACCAGACCCUGAUGGUGGCACGGAGUCGGUUCAAAGGCGGCCCACCUGCGGCUGAUGAACGCAACAAGUCAACGAUGACUGGAGCGUUGGGGGUAUUUGAUGAACUUCUGCAGGACCCUGCGAGGCUUAUUUCUACCCUGGAGGCUUUGGAGAGGGAAAUAUAUGUAAGUGGGCUAAUGAUAGAAGUGCACUUAAAUGCUGUCUAUUGUCUCAUUUCUGUCCUGUGCUUUAGGUAGCCUACAUGCACUUUUGGUUAACUUUGAAUAAUGGAGAUUCAAGGAUAAGCUUUGCUCCAUCCCACAAUGGGAAAAGCUUUUAUCCAAGUCCAUCUCACAAUGACUAUAAGCCAAUUUCAUCAUCAACACAUAUGUGUAUAGGCUUUCUUUAUACAGUGCUGUGUUAGUUGCAUGGCUCUCUAUGCAGCCUGUGUUUUGUCUUUGGGCUCAAAACACUGUCUGAGUUUCAUUAACUUUAAUGAGCAACAACUACCUGAGUUAGCUUCAAGCCUCACAACAACAUUCGUAGAUGUUGACUCCUUGGCAUAGCCUAUAUAACUAACUGGUUGAAACUAUUUUAAUUUUGUUCCCAACUGUUUAAAAAUAGCGAACCGUUUUUUUUUCUUUCUAUGGCUGUUAGUGUUGCGGUAUUUAGAUGAGCGAGCUAGGCGCUCGAGGCUCAAUGCUUAUUGGUCAGCUGGACAUGUGCUCGAGAGGUACCCGGGUAUGGAUUCAGUUAAAUCGGGCUCUUCUCUCCACACAGAUGAUUGACACCUGUAUGGACCUUUUCAAAACAAGGUUGCAUAUCAAUUUCCCGGGUAUUUUAAUUAAUUUAAUCUCUGGUUACCAUCUAUCUCUAAAAACUGAUUCUAGAUCAGCUCUACUUACCCACUUCUAACCUUUAUCAUUAUGGGUUAAAUUUGGAAUGUGUUCCUGGAACAGUUGUUUUAUUAGGCCAUACUUUUCCUUCUCUCAGAGGUUGUCUUGGCCCCAUGGAGAGGAAGGGAGAGAAUAAAUAAACAAGGAGGGGGGAGGGGGGGGGGAGAAGGCGGGAUAGUGUUGCGAGAGAUCUAGAGGGAGACAGAGCGGGAGAGGCAGUCUGUUGGCCUUGUUGACUAUGUGGUUGACAGGGAGAAAGCGAGCUGUCACAGCUCAUUUAUUAUCCACCACCAACACGCUGCCUCAGUUUAGCUGUUGAGUGCAACUCUGAGUUUUAGAAACCCAACCCUAAAAGUUCUGAAUGUUGGACUUAUUGUGAAACAGAAGGUUGAAGUCUGAGCCAUUACAUUGCUCUUAUUUCUCUCCUCUCAUGAUCCUUGGAGUCUGUCAUAGUUGACAUUGAGUGUGAUUGGGUGGGUUUGCUUGUUGGCAUGUCUAGAGCCAUCGUUACAAAAGCCCUGCCACUGUAGUAUUUGUGCCUGUUACCCUCUGUGGCAUGUAAUAAUGACUAGCUUCACACUGUGUGUAUGGGUGUUCAGUAUUUGUAUCUGUCUGGGGCGGGAUGGUGAUUGGAAUUGCUGGAGAGUUGUUAGGGAUGGGGCAUUUUGGCAAGGGUGUGUGUGUGUGUGUGUUAUAGGUUUGCAAUGCGUGUGUGAGAGUGUGUGUCCAUGUGCGUGUGUAUGCAGUUAGCACCUGUGGAUGGCUUUCCCGGGGUGAGUGCUCCAGCAGUAGGUCAGUAGGAAGUAUUAGAUCAGAGUUACGUAAUGUGAUCCUCCAGCUCUUUAUCCCCUUUGAGUCUCUUCCAGACCCUGACAGCCCCAUUCAGUCCCAGGGCAGGAGGCAGGAGGCUGGACCAGGGAUCAGAAAGCCAUGGAACACAGUCUCUCUCACACACAUGCACACAUGUACAUGCUGUGA